GCACAUAAACAAAGGCGCACAUUGCGCUCAGCCGCCAGUAGUCCCUCAGAGCGCACUGGGAGAAAGUCUCUCGCUACGGAGCUAUACUCGCAUCUUUUUUUGCACGUUUCAAAGGAUUUAGGAUUUACCACCAGAUUGUCCGCUGACUGGGAUACAAACAUAAACAUUUAACCACUCAUCUGUAUGGAUAGAGAGCGGUGCUGACACCCGAAGCAGCCAUGCCCUGCGUCCAAGCACAGUAUGGGUCUUCACCGCAAGGAGCGAGUCCAGCAUCGCAGAGUUACAGCUACACGCCGACCCGAGAGCUCAGCUGCGACUUCCUGACGCCCGAGUUCGUGAAGUUUAGCAUGGACUUGACUAACGCUGAGAUCUCAGCCACCACGUCACUCCCGAGUUUCAGCACAUUCGUGGACACCUACACCGCCAGCUACGAAGUCAAGCCCCCUUGCCUCUAUCAAAUGUCCCACGCCGCCGGUGAGCACCAGCUAUCUAUCAAAGUGGAAGACAUGUCCUCCGCGCACGGAUAUCCCCACCAUCACCCCCAGCCUCACCUCUCGCAUCAAGCCGAGGAGAUGGUCCCUCACUCGGGCUCCAUGUACUAUAAGCCCUCCUCUCCAAGCCUCUCGGCACCACCGCCUCCACCACCAAACUUUUCAGUCACGAGCCACAACAACGGCUGGGACGACACGGGCUCCCUCCACGCCUUCCACCCAAACUACAUGGCCACUUCGCACAUGAUGGAGCAGCAGCGCAAAAGCGCCGUGUCCCGGCUGUUCUCGUUCAAACACCACCAGCAGUCGCCAGCCUGCGCACCCGUGUCGGUGUCUGGCUGCUCGAUGCGAUUCGACAGCUCCCCCGCAGGCCACCGCGUCAUGGAGGGCCAGAACUUUUCCCUUCCCGGCGCCCUGCGAAAACAGCACGGCAUUGGACUGCACCACUCCCUGCCGCUCGGACCCGGGCAUCAUGGUCUGAUGGACCAAGUCCCCUCUCCACCGCCCAGGGGCUCGCCUUCCACCGAGGGCUUGUGCGCUGUGUGCGGGGACAACGCCGCCUGUCAGCACUACGGGGUGCGCACCUGCGAAGGCUGCAAGGGAUUUUUCAAGAGAACUGUUCAGAAAAACGCCAAGUACGUCUGCCUUGCCAACAAAAACUGCCCCGUUGAUAAGCGACGGAGAAACCGGUGUCAGUACUGUCGCUUCCAGAAGUGCCUUGUCGUGGGGAUGGUCAAAGAAGUUGUGAGAACGGCUAAUUUGAAGGGCCGCAGGGGCCGUCUGCCUUCCAAGCUCAAGACUCCACAGGAGCAGUCAACAUCGCCACCUGUCAGCAUGGCUACGGCGCUUGUCAGGGCCCACGUGGAUUCGAACCCGCCCAUGUCCCGACUCGACUACUCCAGAUUUCAAGCCAACCACGACUACCAUGCCACGGGAGAUGUCACGGAGCACAUCCAACAGUUCUACGACCUGCUCACUGGCUCCAUGGGCAUCAUACGGGGCUGGGCGGAGAAGAUCCCGGGUUUCUGCGACCUCCCAAAACCGGACCAAGACCUGCUGUUUGAGUCAGCCUUUCUGGAGCUCUUUGUUCUCCGGCUUUCUUACAGAUCUAACCCCAUGGAGGGCAAGCUUAUCUUCUGUAACGGGGUGGUGCUGCACCGGCUGCAGUGUGUGCGGGGCUUCGGUGACUGGAUCGACUCCAUCGUGGAAUUCUCCGCCAACCUGCAGAGCCUGAACCUGGACGUCUCAUCCUUCUCCUGCAUCGCUGCGCUCACCAUGGUAACAGAGAGACACGGACUAAAAGAGCCGAGGAAAGUGGAGGAACUUCAGAACAGAAUUUUAACCUGCCUGAAGGAGCAAGUGGCCUUCAACGGCACGCAGAGUCCCCACAGUCAAAGUCACCUCUCCAAGCUUUUGGGGAAACUCCCAGAGUUGCGCACGCUGUGCACACAAGGACUGCAGCGAAUUUUCUAUUUAAAACUUGAAGACUUGGUCCCUCCGCCGGCGAUCAUCGAUAAGCUGUUCCUGGAUACACUUCCCUUCUGAAUAUUUCAAAUGGAUUUAUAAAAAAAAUAAUAAUGAAAAAAAAAAAACGUGUGGACUCAUUUGGGACAUAAAGACUCUUCAUGGAAACACAUGUCCAAGUUUAAAGCAUCCGGUUUAUAAGGAACUUUGUCUUAUUGUGAUGUGACAGGCAAACAAAAUAAGACCAAGGGAAACACACAUCAAAGGGGAGUCAGAUAUCAUCACUUUAUCAGUUGGUUUAUUGUUUUAAACCGGGCAUUUUGAAAGAAGAACUUGCUCCCUGAUACCUGAGCGGAUCCGGCUCCCCACUGAGUCUGACUGUGCAUCCCGCAAUGACAUUUACACAGCUCUUAAUAAUGCUACAAGUGUUAUGUUGUAUAUUAUACAGAGGUAUAUUGUAAAGGUCUCACUUGCGGUAUAAUUUCUAAUUUUUCAGACCAGUUAACAAAUGAUUUACUCCUCUCUAUCUUUUCCCCUAUGUGUACAGUGCAGUGGUUUGUUGGGGGAUGGGGAAGGGGCUUUAAUAAAAUAGCCUAUGUAUAUUUUAUAAAUGGUCUAUAACCACUAACCACCAGGUUUUACACAAGGUAUGGUUACAUACAGAUUUUAUGAAAUGUGAUUCGCCGAGAAUAUACACGUGUUUGGCUCAGCUUUGAGCAGAAUGUGCAGUCGUGCUCCAGAACAUCAUGGAUUUAGUAUUUUGUAUAAGUUUGUUCGACAUUUCUGUUUUUUGGUGGAUAUGAAUUCAUCGUAUUGUUGUUGUGAUACAGGUUUUAUGAUUAAACAAUGCCUUUGCAUGGAAUUUCAUAAUCCAUAAACGCGCUGUCUUAAUUUCUUAUACAUGAACUAAAUAACUGACAUUGAGUUCAUCAACUAGCCUACACCACAUUGUAUUUUCUACAAAUUUGUUGCUUUUGAAAAUUGCGGUAUGUGUUGAUAAGGUACCCUGUAUGAGAGAGAAAUAUUUGUUUUUCUAAUAAAGCUGUCAAGUAAUAAACUAUUCUCUACUCGGGGUGUUUGCUGGGCAAGGGUGAUUUCACCAUGGCUGAGUA